AUGACUCUCGGUGCUAUCAAUGCAGCUCCCACAUUGUGGUGUGCUGACAGUCAUAGCAGCAACUUACUGACAGCCAGGUUGUUUCUCAAGCAACGGUGGCGAGCGGCUAGAGAAGAGCCCCUACCAAUGAAGUUGCAGCCUUUGUGCAUUCGACCCCCUCCUGGUCUUGAGCCGCCGUGCUCCUGGCCAACCGACAACGCAGACAUGCCCGCAUGGCUGCAGGUUGUCCAGGAUGGCACCUUUGCUUAUGAAGCUCAGGUGAACCCUGUCCGGACAAGUCAUGAGCUGACGCAGGACGCCCCAUUGAAGGCCAGCGCGAAGAUGAAGAAGCCAAAAUCUCCACCGCCGCAGCCUCUGCCUCCAGGCCCUUGUGUCGGGCAAGCAAAAGCCAAGACCGGUGCACGUGAAGCUGGCAGGGCGACUUGCAAGUUCUAUCUCGACGGGUACACCAGUGAUGAGCACAAGGACUUCGACCUGGUACCCCGCAUCAUCGGCCACGCUGGCCGCAACAUGCGCGCCAUCGCCAGCAAGGCCUGCAAGGUCCGAAUCCGUGGACGAGGCAGUGGCCAGCUUGAAAAGACUCAGAAUGGCGUUGCCAGGGAGGCAGAUUUGCCCCUGCACAUUGCCCUGAGCUGCAGUGACGCGGUAGAACUGGAGAUUGCGAAGGAGAAGCUGGACACACUCUUGCAAGGCAUCUCCGUGCACUUCUACCGGUUCUGUCGCAAGAUGGGCCUUGAGGAGCCGGCACGACUGUACAGAUUGGCUUAG